AUGGAUAAAGAAUUCGUACCUCAUAUAAAAUUUUCUUCGCUUUCUGAUAUUUAUCCAGAAUUAAGUCUUCCUUCGCAAAUAACAAGAUAUAAAAAAUUAAUUGACUCGUUUGAAAAAUUAUAUAAUCGUAAACCGAAAUUUAUUGCACGUUCACCGGGUAGAGUGAAUUUAAUUGGAGAACAUAUCGAUUAUGCAGGGUUUGGAGUAUUGCCUAUGGCGAUUAGUAGGGAUGUAUUGAUUGCUGUCGAUACUAUUCAUGAAGGAGAAGAAAAUGAUAUGAAGGUUAGAGUAGCAAAUGUAUUAAAUGAAAACUAUCCACCAAGGAAUUGGAAAUAUGAAGGGAAAGAGAAGAUCGUAGAAAUUGAAGUUAAAGAAGGGAUUUCUGAAUGGGGAAAUUAUCCCAAAAGCGGUUAUAAAGGAAUCGUUCAACAUUCAUCACUAGACAAACCUAAAGGGAUGUAUUUAUUGGUUGAUGGAAACGUUCCCCCGGGAGCAGGAUUAUCUAGCUCUGCGGCCUUUAUUUGUUCAGUUUGUAUCGCGACCUGUUCUUCUAAUGAUGUAAAGUUAACAAAAAAAGAAAUUGUAGAAAUUGCAAUUGAGGCUGAAAGAUCUAUAGGAAUGAACGCGGGUGGUAUGGAUCAAACCGCUUCAAUGUUUUCAUUAAAAGAUCAUGUUUUAUACAUUCAAUUUUUACCAUCACUUUGCGCGACACCAACAAAAUUACCAUCCACUAAUCCUCCAAUUGCGUUCGUUAUAGCCAAUUCUCUUAUUACCUCUGAUAAGAUAGUUACUGCACCAACCAAUUAUAAUUUAAGGGUCGUGGAAACAAAAUUAGCCGCCCAUCAUUUAGGUCAAUGUCUAUUUAACAAGCCUUGUGAAAAUUUGAAACAAGUUAGCGAUUUAUAUUCAAACAGUAUUGAAGUUACUAUCGAGAAUUUAAUUAAAUUAUUGGAUUACAUUGAAAAGGUUUAUGAAAACAAUCAUGAUGGGUUCACUCUAGAUGAAUUAAGUUCACUUUUGAAUUUGAAUCAGGAUGAAAUUAAGGAUAAAUUUCUGAGUAGAUUUCCCGUUAAAGCAGAAAAAUUUCAAUUAUAUAAAAGAUCUAAACAUGUUUUUGAGGAGUCGUCGAGAGUAUUAAAAUUUUAUGAGUUAUGUUCGAAAAGUGAAGCGAGAGGAUCGAUUUUCGAAGAAUUAGGUAAUUUGUUGAAUGAAAGUCACAAAAGUUGUAAAGAAUUGUUCGAAUGUUCUUGCGAUGAACUGGAUGAUUUGGUAAAAAUUUGUUUGGAUGGUGGUGCAGUUGGUAGCAGGUUAACCGGUGCUGGAUGGGGUGGUUGUACCGUUUCUUUAAUUCGCGAGAAUGAGAUCGACAAAUUUAUUAACUUUGUUAGUGAAAAAUAUUAUAAUGUUAGAUUUUCACAUUUAUCACAUAAUGAUUUAGAAAAUUUCAUUUUUGCUACUAGACCCGGAGGUGGGGCGGCUAUCAUUGAAAAUUUAUUUAAUUAA